CUCUCUCUCUUUGUCUCUCUCUCUCUCUCUCACAUACACACACAAACACACACACACAGUACAACAAAAGAAGAUGCAUACGCACACUGCUGCUCUUCGCAGGGCAGCACAAAUCUCACAGCACCACAUUUUUCCAAGGACCCUCCUAAUCACAAUUAUCUUUUUUGUGCUCAUGUAUGCAUUUUAUUUUCUCACUGGAUUAAAAAAUAUGACUGAUUACAAGCCCACCGCUUUUUACCCUCACUGGAAAAAGAAGCAGCCACCCUCGAUGGCAUGCGGUGUGCCAGUAGAAAAUGACCCAAUCAUUAAUGUGACCAAUCUUAAAACAUAUAUGGUCAGCUCGUACAUUGAGCACCGCCAGAAGGUGAAAAUGAUACGGACAAUUGCUAUAGUGCUUCGUAGUGAAAAUGCAGAGUAUAACUGCUUGUUGUGCUGCAACGGAAGAACUUUGCCAGUAUCUGCUAAUUACAGCAUUCACUCUGAUCACUUUGGCUUUGAAUACGGCACUGCUGAUAUUACCUGCCAAAUACCAGAAAUGUGUCCAACACCAACACAUGUGGCUAUCACUUCCCGAUCACCUAAAGAAGAUGGAUCCUUGCAGGACAUUCACGCCUUCCAACCUAUUAGGAAUCAGCAGAAACAGGAAGUCUUUCCCUAUGAAUUCACAGUUUGCAUUUCUACCAUGUUUGAUUAUGUAAAUAUAUUGAUGCUUGUGCAGGCCAUGGAGAUGUUCAAGAUACUCGGCGUCCAAAGGGUAGCUAUUUACAAAACCAGCUGCCAUCCUGUCACGCAGAAGGUCCUGAAUUAUUAUGUCAGGCAGAACUUUGUGGAGAUCAUCCCUUGGCGUGUAUCGUCCUACAUAAAUGUGUCCAGAGGCUGGAAGAAGUCAGUCUCACCUGGGGAGUUACACUACUUUGGGCAAAUUGCAGCACUUAAUGACUGUGUGUAUCGUUACAUGUACCAGAGUCACUAUGUAGCUCUUCAAGAUUUGGAUGAAUUCAUUCUGCCUUUGAAUUUAGACAACUGGAAAGAGCUCCUGCCUGAAUUGGAGAGGAAAUACAAUCUGGAGGUGGGCUUUGAGUUCGAGAAUAAUUUUUUUCCUGUUUCCAUGAAGGAUCCAAGACCUAAGUAUUCACCAGACUCCUGGAAGAAGGUUAAGGGAGUAAACAUUUUAGAAUAUGUUUAUAGGUUAAGCAAUGAUCCUACAAGGUUCAAUGAUUUCAAAGUUAUUGUAAAUCCUCGUCUAGUAUUUACAACUACAGUCCAUGGAUUUUUGCAAUCAAUGAAUGGGAGUGUGAGAGUGAACCAUGAAAUUGCUCGCAUGUAUCAUCUGAGGGACAUUCAGAGGGAUGAUGUGGUAACACAUUUCCACAUACGGGACACACGUCUCAGGGACUAUGCAGACAGACUGAUACCUGCUGUAUCUAAAGUGCUUCAGAAAGUGCUGGGCAUUUACUAAAGUGUAAAACAAAUCUGUGAUGACUAUGGUCAUGAUAUGGUAAGAGUAAAAAAGAAAUUUUAUAUGAAAAUGCCAGGGCACUAUUUAAAAAUACCAAGUGCACUCCAAGAAAUUUAGUUGGAGAGAAGUUUAGCUGAAGUGUACAAAACAGGAAGCAGUACACGCCCAAUAAGAAUUAUUUCACUGUCAUUUCCUCAUUCUGUUUUAUACAGGAAAUGCCAGCACCUGCCACCAGCAGAGCCUUAAGUUUUAAUGUUUCUCUAAGCAUUUAUUCAGGAAGUCGCGAAUGUUCAGCAUGUUGUCAUGCACAAAUGUCCACUGGCACAAGAGUUGCAAAAAUACAAAGCCAACAAAAAUUAUCUGAUUAUUCUAUUUUCAGAUUUUUUAUCCUAAUUAUUAUGUCAGAUGUUUUAUUUUCAGCUGCUGAUUCCUGUCAAUCUAAUUACUAAAAAUUCCAUACAAAUUUUACAUUUAAAAAAAAAAUAUAUUAAAAACAAAAUGUUUACACUUCUCGACAGAGAGAAAUUAAAUUAAUUGUUUUCCUCAAUGCCUAAUUGACUCAAAUGAGUCAAUGUUAUCAAAACUGCAACAGAAAACACAAAACGCCCUGUUAAGCGCUGUCAGGAGCAUGCCUAGCCAAUCAGAACACUAGACAAAACUUUAUUACCGGUUCCGGUAGUUUAACAACAAUGGCGCGUCGUGUGAAAGCGAUGCCCUUGACAUGGGAAAAUUUCAUUGUAGAAUGUAGAAGUCCGACCGGGUCUCUUCCAAAACCUCCAUCGCUUUGUGUGUGGUCAGAGUUUUGUAUGCAGCAGCAGUGAGCUUCGUAUUACAUUCCGGCCCUCUGUUCAUGAACGUAAUGUGUGAAUAAGUGCGUGUGUAUGUGCACGCAUGUAAAAAGUCCAGUAAACAACGUUAACACUGUCACUAGUUUACGUAAGUCUGCUAUUGCACAAAAUAUCUUCAUAAACAAAGCUGACGUCAAAUCAAGGAGACCGGCACACAGACAAUGACGUCAAAAUCCCCGUUCCCCCCGUCCACACAACACCACUGAAAACGGAGCUUUGGAAAAUCUUCACUUUGGAAGGAGUUUUCCAAAAGCUCCGUUUUCAAUGACCUCAAACUGCAUUAGUGUGUGGACGAAAGGUCAAAACA